AUGCCUGGAGCCAUGAAAAUCUUUUCCUUAAUGUUUGCUGCCAUCACUCUUCUUGCUCAGAUUUUCUCAGCCAGGGGAGGACUUCAAAGACAACUACGCUGUCUGAGGAUGGAUGGUCGCUGUGAAGUCGAAUGCCUCUCCUUUGAAGAUAAGAUUGGGGGCUGCAGAGCUGAAUUGACACCAUUUUGUUGCAAAAAAAGAAUUAAUAAUUAA